CCGUCCACCAGCCUUUAUACUUGAGCGGUCCGCGUAGGCCACGUCACCGAACUUCACACGUGUCAAACCCAAGUUUCUUUUGCGUUCGUUUCUCCGUAUUCGUCGUCCGAGUAGCAGUGCAGAGCAGUCAUGGUGUCCAAAAAACCUAGCGGAGAACAGUCAAUUGAAUCUCUUGGAGCCUUAUCGUAUAACAUAAAUCAGCUAAAGAAGCAAAUUGAAGCGGAGAGAAUUGUUUCAAUCAAAGAAAAACUUGUGAAAAAUGGAAUGAAGCUAGAGAGUCAUGUUUCUCAGGUUAUAUUGGUGGCAUCAAAAACAGAGGUUUCACUCACUGAAAAUGGGGUUGGUAAAAUGCUUUCCUCAAGAACUGAACGUCCUAUCUGUAAGUUUAAUGGAUCUGCACAAGGUUUUGGUGACAAGGACUAUAUUAAUGUUCACGAAGUGGUAUUGUCAACAAGUAUCAAGCUUCCACCUGUUGAAAGGUUACCACCUUAUACAACUUGGAUAUUUUUGGACAGAAAUCAGAGAAUGGCUGAAGACCAGUCAGUGGUUGGGAGAAGGCGCAUCUACUAUGAUCAACAUGGUGGCGAGGCACUGGUCUGUAGUGACAGUGAAGAUGACAUUACAGAACGUGUGGAAGAGAAGCAUGAGUUUUCAGAAGGGGAAGAUCGUAUUUUAUGGAUGGCUUUUCAGGAGCAUGGGCUAGGUGAGGAAGUAUUCAACAUUUUGAGCCAGAUUAUUGGAGGCACCACUUUGGAAAUCCAAGAGCGAUAUAACACACUUAAGGAGAAGUAUCACAAGAAACUUGAUCUGAAUUCCGACAACUCUGAGGAAUUUGGACCUGAUGUUGGCCUAUCGUUGGACAAGAGCCUUAGUGCUGCUUUAGAUUCUUUUGAUAACCUUUUCUGUCGUCGCUGUAUGCUGUUUGACUGCCGGCUGCAUGGCUGUUCUCAAGCUUUAAUUUAUCCUACUGAAAAGCAGUCAUACUGGUCUGACCAUGAAGAAGACCGGAUACCUUGCAGUGCUCAGUGUUACCUUCAGUUAAGAGCUGUCAAAGACAUGCCAGAAAUUUCAACUAUCGAUGAUUUUCAGAGGAUGGAGCAUACAAAUUCAGAAGAGAGGGUUGGGACUCCUGUGUCCUGUAAUGCUGAAGAGCGGGGUUCUCAUGAUAAUGCAAACAUUAUACAAGAGGAAGGAUGCAUUUUUGGGAAAAGUACACCUGUUAUUUCACAAGCUGUUUGUAGUUCAGAAGCCGCUGCCACAAUCUCAAAUGUGAAUGUUACAGCAAUAGACAACCAAAGGAUGGGGAAGCACAAUUUCAUGAAGAACGCAGACAUGGCACUACAUGACUCAACAUUGGUUUCUGAUGAUUUCCAGGGUUCCAGUAAGAAACAGAAGAUGUUUUCAGCUCCGGAGGUAGUAACUAUAACUAGUGAAGCUCCACCAGCUCAGAAUCACACUUCAAGUGACAAUGGUGAAAGUCAAACAACGCUUAAAUGCUCUGCAAAGGAACCUGAUGAACAUACCUUAAACGAGUUUGUUAGUUCUUUUAGUGCUUCCAGUGAUAGGUCUGAGGACGAUGCCAGAGAUGAAAUAAAAGAUACCAGAAAAGUGCCUGAACUGAACCAAUCAUCCAAUUCCGUAGGAAAAAGUGCUGAAGGGUUAGGUAGCUCUGAAUGGAAACCUAUUGAGAAAGAACUGUAUUUAAAGGGUAUAGAGAUGUUUGGAAGAAACAGCUGCCUCAUAGCCAGGAACUUGCUUUCUGGUCUAAAGACAUGCAUGGAGGUAUCCUGUUACAUGCAUGAAGGGGGAGCUUUGACACCGAACAGAUCUAUUGUUUCACCAAGUUCAUUAAUGGAAGACAAUGGGAAAGCUGAUAUGGAAUAUACUGACCAUGAGAUGCCCGCGAGAUCACGGCUGCUUCGUAGAAGGGGCAAAACGCGGAAGUUCAAAUAUUCUUGGAAAUCUGCUGGCCACCCAUCAAUUUGGAAAAGAAUCGCCGAUGGGAAAAACCAGUCUUGUAAGCAAUAUACCCCAUGUGGAUGCCAGUCUAUGUGUGGAAAGCAAUGCCCUUGUCUACAUAAUGGAACUUGCUGCGAAAAAUAUUGUGGAUGCUCAAAGAGCUGUAAAAACCGGUUCAGGGGAUGCCAUUGUGCGAAGAGUCAAUGCAGAAGUCGGCAAUGCCCAUGCUUUGCUGCUGGACGUGAAUGUGACCCAGACGUUUGCCGAAAUUGCUGGGUUAGUUGUGGAGACAGUUCAUUAGGUGAACCACCCCGGCAAGGAGAUAGCCAAUGUGGAAACAUGAGGCUCCUUUUAAGGCAACAGCAGAGAAUUCUCUUGGCAAAGUCUGAUAUUGCUGGAUGGGGAGCCUUUUUGAAGAAACCUGUGAACAAAAAUGACUAUCUUGGGGAGUAUACCGGUGAAUUGAUCUCCCAUAGAGAAGCAGAUAAGCGGGGGAAAAUUUAUGAUCGUGCAAAUUCAUCUUUCCUCUUUGACUUAAACGAUCAGUUUGUCCUUGAUGCUUACCGCAAAGGAGACAAGCUGAAAUUUGCAAACCACUCGUCAAACCCUAAUUGCUAUGCAAAGGUAAUGCUAGUCGCAGGAGAUCAUCGAGUAGGUAUUUUUGCCAAGGAACGGAUUGAAGCUAGUGAGGAGCUCUUCUAUGAUUAUCGAUAUGGACCAGAUCAAGCACCUGCAUGGGCUCGAAAGCCGGAAAGUUCCAAGAGAGAUGAUUCAUUGUUUUCUCAAGGCAGAGCAAAGAAACACCAAUCUCAUUAGCCAUUUGUCCUGUUCGUGAUGUACAUACUAGUCCAUUUUUCUGGUUGCCCACAGAGGUCCUUCUUGAGGAGAGUUUUCAGAAGCUAUGGCAGCAGCAUUUCAACUCGUGAAUGUGCUUGAUGUUGCUUCUAUUCAUUAUAAAGCUCGAGCAAAUAACAUUCUAUAGUAAUUACACAUAAUAACAACAAGAAGAAGAAGAUUCUAUAGCAAUGAGGUCAGACAUUGUGCUUGUAUGGGAAAUAAACCAGAAAUCCUUCUAGCUUUUCAGACAUUGUACUUGACUGUAAAUUUAUGGAUGUAAAUUUUCUUUUUAA